GCCCCGCACUCGUUCGUCCAGGCGGCGAGGGCGGCCCUCAGGCGGCUGGAGGGCCGCCGAGGCCCGGCCGCCUCCAUGAUCGGCCGGGUCCUGGCGGCCGGCCAGCGGGGUCACGCUGGCGAGGCAGCCGCGGAGAGCCACGCCGAGCUGGAGCGCCGCCGCAGAG